AUGAGGGCUGUGCUGGAGACAGCAGACAUUGCCAUUGUCGCCUUGUACUUUGUGCUGGUCAUGUGCAUUGGUUUUUUUGCCAUGUGGAAAUCCAAUAGAAGCACCGUGAGUGGAUACUUCCUGGCAGGGCGCUCUAUGACCUGGGUAGCUAUUGGUGCCUCUUUAUUUGUGAGCAAUAUUGGGAGUGAACACUUCAUUGGGCUGGCAGGAUCCGGAGCUGCAAGUGGAUUUGCUGUAGGUGCAUGGGAAUUCAACGCCUUAAUGCUUUUGCAACUUCUAGGAUGGGUUUUCAUACCAGUCUACAUCCGGUCAGGUGUAUACACCAUGCCUGAAUAUCUGUCCAAGCGUUUUGGUGGCCAUAGGAUUCAGGUCUAUUUUGCAGCCUUGUCUUUACUUCUCUAUAUUUUCACCAAGCUUUCAGUUGAUCUGUAUUCAGGUGCCCUCUUUAUCCAGGAGUCUUUGGGUUGGAACCUUUACUUAUCUGUGAUCCUGCUGAUUGGAAUGACUGCUUUGCUGACUGUCACUGGAGGUCUUGUUGCUGUCAUCUACACAGAUACCCUUCAAGCUUUGCUCAUGAUCGUUGGGGCACUUACACUUAUGGUUAUCAGCAUGAUGAAAGUUGGUGGGUUUGAGGAAGUUAAGAAAAGGUAUAUGUUGGCAAAACCUAAUGAGACCUCAAUUUUGUUGACUUACAACCUUUCCAACACAAAUUCUUGUAAUGUCCACCCAAAACCAGAUGCCCUAAAAAUGUUACGUGAGCCCACAGAUGAAGAUGUUCCUUGGCCUGGAUUCAUUCUGGGGCAGACUCCAGCAUCAGUGUGGUAUUGGUGUGCUGACCAAGUAAUUGUGCAGAGGGUCUUAGCUGCUAAAAAUAUCGCCCAUGCCAAAGGCUCCACUCUGAUGGCUGGCUUCUUAAAGCUUCUGCCUAUGUUUAUUAUAGUGGUCCCAGGUAUGAUUUCGAGGAUACUAUUUGCAGAUGAUAUUGCUUGCAUCAACCCAGAGCAUUGUAUGCAAGUCUGUGGAAGCCGAGCUGGAUGCUCCAAUAUUGCUUAUCCACGCCUGGUGAUGAAACUGGUACCUGUGGGCCUCCGGGGAUUGAUGAUGGCUGUAAUGAUUGCAGCCCUGAUGAGUGAUCUGGACUCCAUAUUUAACAGUGCCAGUACCAUAUUCACCCUGGAUGUGUACAAACUCAUUCGCAAAACGGCAAGCUCAAGAGAGCUAAUGAUUGUGGGGAGAGUUUUUGUGGCCUUCAUGGUAGUGAUCAGCAUCGCAUGGGUGCCCAUCAUUGUGGAGAUGCAAGGGGGCCAGAUGUACCUUUAUAUUCAGGAAGUGGCCGAUUAUUUGACACCCCCAGUGGCAGCCCUUUUCCUUUUGGCCAUCUUCUGGAAACGUUGCAACGAACAAGGGGCGUUUUAUGGUGGAAUGGCUGGCUUUAUUUUAGGAGCGCUUCGUUUGAUCCUGGCAUUUACCUACCGUGCCCCAGAAUGUGACCAGCCUGAUGAGAGACCAGCCUUCAUAAAAAAUAUCCAUUACAUGUACGUGGCUACAGCUUUGUUUUGGAUCACAGGACUCAUCACCGUGAUAGUGAGCCUUCUCACACCACCUCCUACCAAGGAACAGAUCCAUACUACCACUUUCUGGUCCGUGAAAGUCCCGGACAGGAAAGAGAGCAUCCCAAGAGAGGACCCAUACAAAAUGCAGGAGAAGAGCAUCCUGAAAUGCAGUGAGAACCUUGAGGGGACCAGCCCUGUUGUUCCUAAUGGAAAGUCUGAAGAGAGCAUCAAGAACAUGCAGCCAGAGGAUAUCAAUCUCUUGAUGACAUGCAAAGAAGAGAGCAACACAGUAUCUUCAUUAAGUCAUUCUGAGGCUGAGACACCAGUAGACUCUUACUCCAAUGGACAGGCAGCUCUCAUGGGUGAGAGAAAGCAAGAGAAAGAGCUGAAGGGUAGACACCAAUAUUGGAAAUUCAUAGAUUGGUUCUGUGGUUUUAAAAGUAAGAGCCUAAACAAAAGAAGCCUCAGAGAUGUAAUGGAGGAGGAGGCUCUUUGUUUACAAAUGUUGGAAGAGCCUCCCAAAGUUAAGCUAAUACUAAACAUUGGACUCUUCGCUGUCUGUUCACUUGGAAUCUUCAUGUUUGUUUAUUUCUCUCUGUGAACUUUUAAGGGGAUGGUGAGACAGUAGCUUAUGAGGAUACUAUCUUUGAAAAAAAUUAUAACUGUUGCAUCUCUCAGGCAUUGUUUGUACUGAGGUUUUAGCCAAAUUUUACUUAGCAAAAAAAUUACCUAUUUGCAAGACUUUUAAAUCUACCCAGAGUUGAACAAAAACAAUACUCUUCAGUUUAAAAGAAGCAAAACUUUUUUUAGCCUCCUCAGUUGUACAAAUGAAAUUAAAAUUUUCCUUCUAUACCAAAGUAAAAAAAACACAAAAACUGGUUUUAUCUUAAUGUUAUACUAUGAGAGAACUUAGACCAGCUACCAAUGGGACCUUUAAAACAAAAUAUAUUUGUUUUACAGUACUUUCAAUAGAUGUAUAGGUUAUGCUGCCAAGUCUGGGUAGGAUUUUUCACACCUCAGAGUACAAGAUGCAUUCAAAUAUUAUUCGCUUGCAUCUUCUUAACCCUGUUACCCACACUUCCAUUCAAUUUUUCUUAAAAAAAAAAAAAAGAUUCUUAUUGCACAAUCAGAUUUUACUAUAUAGCUCUUUAUGGAGUUUUAUGGUUAAGUUCAUUUACCAGUUUUAUUGCCAGAAUUUGUAGGCCAAGAGUCUUUGUGAAAAGAACAGAAAACUAUUUUCUAAUAGGUAUUCUUUAAUAUAACAGGAUUUUGAGAAUUAUUUCAUGUUCUGGUUUCUUUUCUUUAUUUUUCUCUUUCUUUCCAUGUAAAAUACUGGGCUCUUUACAAAUUUCAUCAUGCCUUUCCCUUAAGGGAAAAUGGGUGAGAGAAUGUGAAUGUGGUACAGUUUACAACUGAAUGCUAUUUUUGAGACAACUCAGAACAUAAGUCUUGCUGACAAGUUGGUUGAUUAUCAUCUCUGAAGCAGAUUAAAAACAUUCCUGUGAUGGCAUGCUGUGAAGAGAACACAUUUCUGGUAUAUUGAGGGUGCUCCCUUUGGAGGAGUUGGUUGACAUGGUCUGGCUCAUGUCUAGCUUUAGUAAUUGAGAUCAGAAUACAGAAGUCAUAAGUUGGCUACCCUGGUUGAAAGUGGUAUAAAAGCACACUUUGAGCAAAUCUAUAAUUACUCUCUCUUACUGAACCCUGUAAAGCAUUAUUGGUCUUCAAUCACAUCUUUGCAAAAAUUUAGAAAAAAGUUAAAACACUUCUACUCUCUUUGGAUUUUAUCAAAACCAUAUAACUUAAAUGUCACC